AUGCCCGCUGUAGGAAUGCCAACCGGCAGUAGCAACAAGGAGUAUCCCGGAAAACUCACUCCUUUUGUUACAGUAACAUGUAUUGUAGCCGCAAUGGGUGGUUUAAUCUUUGGCUACGAUAUUGGAAUUUCAGGUGGAGUAACAUCGAUGGAUCCGUUUCUAUUGAAAUUUUUUCCAUCCGUAUAUCACAAGAAGAACAUAGAGGUGUCAACGAGCAAGUAUUGUCAGUACGACAGUCAGGUACUGACGAUGUUUACAUCGUCGUUGUACCUAGCUGCAUUACUGUCGUCGCUGGUGGCUUCUAGUGUCACCCGUAGGUUUGGUAGGAAACUUUCCAUGUUCUUUGGAGGUUUGUUGUUUCUGAUUGGUGCUCUUGUUAAUGGCUUUGCACAAAAUGUUUUGAUGUUGAUCAUUGGUCGGAUAUUACUAGGAUUUGGUAUUGGAUUUGCCAAUCAGUCUGUGCCAAUUUACCUUUCUGAGAUGGCUCCUUACAAAUACAGAGGAGCUCUAAGUGUUGGCUUCCAAUUAUCAAUCACAAUCGGCAUUCUCAUAGCCAACAUACUGAACUAUUUCUUCGCCAAACUUGGUCGCUUAGGAUGGCGGUUAAGUCUCGGUGGUGCAAUGGUCCCUGCACUUAUAAUAACCAUUGGCUCAUUAGUCCUUCCCGACACACCCAAUUCAAUGAUCGAACGAGGCGCUCGCGAAGCAGCCAAGGUUCAUCUCAAAAGAAUCCGCGGGGUCGAAGAUGUUGACGAAGAGUUCAACGAUCUCGUAGCAGCUAGUGAAGCAUCCAAGCAAGUGAAAAACCCAUGGGGAAACUUGUUGAACAAGAAAUACAGACCUCAACUUUCCAUGGCCAUAUUCAUUCCUUCCUUCCAACAAUUCACCGGAAUCAACGCUAUCAUGUUUUACGCGCCUGUCCUAUUUAGUUCUGUCGGGUUUAAGGAUGAUGCUUCUCUUAUGUCAGCUGUGAUCACUGGCAUAGUUAAUGUUUUGGGCACCAUUGUCUCGAUUAUCGCAGUUGAUAAGCUCGGUAGGAGAGCUCUUUUUCUUCAAGGUGGUUUACAAAUGCUGAUAUGUCAGAUUGGCGUAGCGAUAGCUAUUGGAGCUAAGUUUGGAAUCGACGGAAACCCUGGCGAAUUGCCGAAGUGGUAUGCAAUAGUAGUGGUGAUGUUCAUUUGUGCUUAUGUUGCGGCGUUUUCUUGGUCUUGGGGUCCUCUUGCUUGGUUGGUGACUAGUGAGAUUUUUCCGCUUGAGAUUCGUUCGGCUGCGCAGAGUGUUAAUGUAGCAGUUAACAUGCUUUUCACAUUCUUGAUUGCGCAGAUUUUCUUGACAAUGUUAUGUCACAUGAAAUUUGGAUUGUUUAUCUUCUUUGCUUUCUUUGUGGUGGUGAUGACAUUUUUUGUGUAUUUCAUGCUUCCUGAAACUAAGGGGAUUCCGAUUGAAGAGAUUAGCACGGUUUGGAAAUCGCAUCCGUAUUGGUCUAGAUUUGUGGAGAAUGAUGAUAAAAAGGAUGGCAUUGAGAUUGGAAGGAGGAAUUGAUAAA